GAGAGAGAGGAGAGAGGGAGGCUGGGGGUGGGGGGGAAGGAAGGAGUACGAGUAGGCGGUAGGGUGUGAGUGUGUGUAUGUGUAUGUGGGGGAGUCAUCCGCGAGGAGUCGCGGAGGAGCUUGGAGGAGGGGACGUUCAGCGACUCCUCGCCGAGAUCGAGGACUGAAGAAGGGAGAGAGUGCAUCGGUGGCCACCGCCUCCCCCAUCCACACCCAACCCCAUAUCGACCCCCUCCCCUCGCCCACGGCGCGCGCUCCGUCGCUCGCUCACACACCCCGGGCGCGGCGGCGCGAGGAGGAGGAAGAGAAGGAGGGGGGGGGAGCGGCGUCUUUGCCCCCGCCUCCUGCCGUGACCGCCGCCCCCCCCCCCUCACCCACUGCAAGAGUCCUUCAUGGUCCUUCCCCGGCCCCCCCGCUAGCCCGAGGAGCCGCCGUCGCCGGACUGUGGAGAAAGCGGGGCGGGCGGGCUGGGAGGCGCCGCCGCCCGCGGACGCUGCAGGGGAAGGUGCGGCUGGGCAGAGGCGGACGAGCGGGAGGAGGAGGAGGAUAGGGGCUGCCGCGGCGGUCGGUCCGGGGAGACCGGAAGGAGGCGGCGGCCCCGCGGCCCGGGCUCUGCCGCCGCUGCCGCUGCCGCUCUGGGUGCCCAAGGAUUCUUCCUGGUGAUUCCCCCAGCCCGGAGAGGAAGAGGAGGAAGGCGGAAGAGUCUUGCUGCAAUUUCACCAAGAAUCCUCCUUUGCCAUCGUCGCCGCAGGUUCUGGAUUUAAUAUUGUGCCUGAGCUAACAUUCCUGGUUCGAGAGGGUGAAGAAGGGAGCCCCAUAGAGGGUGGUGUUUAAAAAGAAAAAAACCCCAACAACAACAAAAAACAAAAGCAAAAAAACAUUUUUGGUGGUAGUGUGACUCUUUUUUUUUUUUUAAACUCCCACCCUCCGUUUGUUUCUCCUCUGGACCAUGGCCGACGACGACGUGCUGUUUGAAGAUGUGUAUGAGCUGUGCGAGGUGAUCGGCAAGGGCCCCUUCAGUGUUGUGCGGCGAUGUAUCAACAGAGAAACUGGGCAACAAUUUGCAGUAAAAAUUGUUGAUGUAGCCAAGUUCACAUCAAGUCCAGGGCUAAGUACAGAAGGUAAGAGAUGGAUUUCAAAUCUGAAACGGGAAGCCAGUAUCUGUCAUAUGCUGAAGCAUCCACAUAUUGUGGAACUGUUGGAGACAUAUAGCUCAGAUGGAAUGCUUUAUAUGGUUUUUGAAUUUAUGGAUGGAGCUGAUCUGUGUUUUGAAAUUGUAAAACGAGCAGAUGCUGGUUUUGUAUACAGUGAAGCUGUAGCCAGUCAUUACAUGAGACAGAUACUGGAAGCACUACGCUACUGUCAUGAUAAUAACAUAAUUCACAGGGAUGUGAAGCCCCAUUGUGUCCUCCUUGCCUCAAAAGAAAAUUCAGCACCUGUUAAACUUGGGGGCUUUGGAGUAGCUAUUCAGUUAGGGGAGUCUGGACUUGUUGCUGGAGGACGUGUAGGAACACCUCAUUUUAUGGCCCCAGAGGUGGUAAAAAGAGAGCCCUAUGGGAAACCUGUAGAUGUCUGGGGUUGUGGAGUGAUCCUUUUUAUUCUGCUGAGUGGUUGUUUGCCUUUUUACGGAACCAAGGAAAGAUUGUUUGAAGGCAUUAUUAAAGGAAAAUAUAAGAUGAAUCCCAGACAGUGGAGCCAUAUCUCUGAAAGUGCCAAAGACCUUGUCCGCCGAAUGUUGAUGCUGGAUCCAGCUGAAAGGAUAACAGUUUACGAGGCACUUAAUCAUCCUUGGCUUAAGGAAAGGGAUCGCUAUGCAUACAAGAUUCAUCUUCCUGAAACAGUAGAGCAACUACGGAAAUUUAACGCAAGGAGGAAACUAAAGGGUGCAGUACUAGCAGCUGUAUCAAGCCACAAAUUCAACUCGUUCUAUGGGGAUCCCCCUGAAGAGUUGCCAGAUUUCUCUGAAGAUCCUACCUCCUCAGGACUUCUAGCAGCAGAAAGAGCAGUCUCACAGGUGCUAGACAGCCUGGAGGAAAUUCAUGCACUUACAGACUGCAGUGAAAAGGACUUAGAUUUUCUACACAGUGUUUUCCAGGAUCAACAUCUCCACACACUCCUAGAUCUAUAUGACAAAAUUAAUACAAAGUCUUCACCACAUAUCAGGAAUCCUCCGAGUGAUGCUGUACAGAGAGCCAAAGAGGUAUUGGAAGAAAUUUCAUGUUACCCUGAAAACAGUGAUGCAAAGGAGCUAAAGCGUAUUUUAACACAGCCUCAUUUCAUGGCCUUACUUCAAACUCAUGAUGUAGUGGCACAUGAAGUUUACAGUGAUGAGGCAUUAAGGGUUACACCUCCUCCCACCUCUCCAUAUUUAAACGGAGAUUCUCCAGAAAGUGCCAAUGGUGACAUGGAUAUGGAGAAUGUUACUCGAGUACGGCUGGUACAAUUCCAGAAGAACACAGAUGAGCCAAUGGGUAUCACUUUGAAAAUGAAUGAGCUAAACCAUUGCAUUGUAGCAAGAAUUAUGCAUGGGGGAAUGAUUCACAGACAAGGUACACUUCACGUAGGUGAUGAAAUCCGAGAAAUAAACGGUAUCAGUGUAGCAAACCAAACCGUGGAGCAGCUGCAAAAAAUGCUUAGGGAAAUGCGGGGGAGCAUCACCUUCAAGAUUGUGCCGAGCUACCGCACUCAAUCUUCAUCCUGUGAGAGAGAUUCCCCCUCUACCUCCAGACAGUCCCCAGCUAAUGGUCAUAGCAGCACCAACAAUUCUGUUUCGGACUUGCCAUCAACUACCCAACCAAAAGGACGACAGAUCUAUGUAAGAGCACAAUUUGAAUACGACCCAGCAAAGGAUGACCUCAUACCAUGCAAGGAAGCUGGUAUCCGAUUUAGAGUCGGCGACAUUAUCCAGAUUAUUAGUAAGGAUGACCACAAUUGGUGGCAAGGUAAACUGGAGAACUCCAAAAAUGGUACUGCAGGUCUCAUUCCCUCUCCUGAACUUCAAGAAUGGAGAGUUGCUUGUAUUGCCAUGGAGAAGACCAAACAGGAGCAGCAAGCUAGCUGUACUUGGUUUGGAAAGAAGAAGAAGCAAUACAAAGAUAAAUAUUUGGCAAAGCACAAUGCAGUGUUUGAUCAAUUAGAUCUUGUUACAUAUGAAGAAGUAGUAAAACUGCCAGCAUUUAAAAGGAAAACACUAGUCUUACUAGGUGCACAUGGUGUUGGAAGAAGACACAUAAAAAACACACUCAUUACAAAACACCCAGACAGAUUUGCAUACCCUAUUCCACACACAACUAGACCUCCAAAGAAAGAUGAAGAAAAUGGCAAGAAUUAUUACUUUGUAUCUCAUGACCAAAUGAUGCAAGACAUAUCUAACAAUGAAUACUUAGAGUAUGGCAGCCAUGAGGAUGCCAUGUAUGGGACAAAACUGGAGACAAUACGGAAGAUCCACGAGCAGGGACUGAUUGCAAUACUGGAUGUAGAACCUCAGGCACUGAAGGUCCUGAGAACUGCAGAGUUUGCUCCUUUUGUAGUUUUUAUUGCUGCACCCACGAUUACUCCAGGCAUAAAUGAGGAUGAAUCCCUUCAGCGCCUGCAGAAGGAGUCGGAUAUCUUGCAGAGAACGUACGCACACUACUUUGAUCUAACCAUCAUCAACAAUGAAAUCGACGAAACGAUCCGACAUCUGGAGGAAGCCAUCGAGCUCGUUUGUACAGCACCACAGUGGGUUCCGGUCUCCUGGGUCUAUUAGGCCUCCCACCAGCUAACUGAAGGAUUCGAUCACAUAACGGGGAACCACCUCAUACAUGAAAACACCUCUUCAUUAUUGGCCUUGCGUCAGCAGGUCUUGGCCCCUAGAGACUACCUAGAUGUAGUGUGACCUAAAGUUAACAAUAGUGUCAUGUCCAAAUAGAUAGGAGGAGGAAAAAAGAAUGAAACACUAACUUAAAGAGACAGUAUCUUUUUUAAUCAGUUCUCCUAAACUUUAAUAAAAAAUGUAUCUUUAAAUGUAUGUAUUAUUCAAUCCUUUGGAAUGUUAUAUUUUUGGAAAUCAUAGCUUUUUAUUUCAAAGGCCCCUUAAAACUGCACAAAAUAGAUGCUGCUUUCUAUAAUCUAUUUUAAUAAUAAUAAAAAAAUACUUCUGUUACCUUGACAUGGGGGUGGAACACUACAUUCUUUUUAGAGUCUGAUUUUAUGGAUUGGAAUAUCUUGCUUUCCUUUAUUUAUUUGAAAUAAUCUAGUGAUUACAAAACAUUUUUAAAGGCCUUUUUUCUCUUUUUUUUAGAAUAGUAUUUUUGUUAGGUACUUUUAUGUAACAUCCAGAUAAUGUGAUACUGUCUCUUUGAAGAAUUCUGUCAACCUUUUAGAGAUUUGAAAUUGGGUCUUGACUCUUAAUGCAUGUGGACAGUCGCAAGCUUUCAUGCUGUCGGUGUAUCUGUGUUGAAAAAAACUGUAAUCUACAGCAAAAGUACAUUCCGUUCAUGGGGAAAGUACCCAAGGGAAUAAAAAUAAAAUGUUAUGACUAAGUUGUAAACCUAUGCACAUCCCUUGCAUUUUGGGCAACUUUAUAAAAAACUGAUUUUUAUUAAUAAUAAUCAUGUAGUGAAAUGUGUUUGUAAUUUUGUCUCAAUUUAAUUUGUUGUAAGGUGGGAGGGGAAAUUGCUGGUUUCAUCAUUUCAGAUCUGUGUUGUCUGAGAGUAUUAACGUUUUAAUUCAGCAAAGAAUUGCAGAUUUUUAAUAUGUAUGUAAUUGUUUUAAAUUUACCCAUUUUAAAAGAAAAUAAUGUGCAAUGAAGAAACCAGUUUAGGCAUUUGCUAUAAACUGAAUAUUCCAAAAAAGAUUCAUCUUUGACAGCCCUGUAAAUUCCUUAAGAAUGGUAACUGACCCUACAGUUUGACCAAUUUUUUUUAAAAUACACUUCCUUUUAUGUGUUCAACUAUUAAAUGCCUUUGGGUCCUUCAUUUCAUUACAGAUUGGUUCAGUUUUGAAAAUCAAGGCUGUUAGAUUUGAUGAUGCAUUGGAUGACAAUUGAACCAUUAGAAGGCCCUAGAGUGAAUACAAGUCUGCAGUGCCCUCCAGGGGUCCACCAACAACCACCACAAGAGCACAACUUGAACAGUUUCUGACCCCUGGAGAGCAGUCAGCCGUAUAUUUACUUGGGGACCGUCUGUGAAGGCUCCUUCCUCUUGCUUUGUCCCUUGGCACAGGUGAAUUUUUUAUUUCGUGUUAGUUGAGAGGCAUUGACCAUCUCAUUACUCUUCCAUGACAUCAUAUUCUGCCAGUGCAGGUGGUCAGGGGCUUGGUGUUCUGCAUACCCAUUUCCCCCUAUAUCAGUUGAGUUUUGUUUUGCUUUUUUGAUUAGUGUUUGUGAAUAUCAAGUUUUCAUAGUAUUACGUGGUUUGUGAAAAAAAGACAUCAUUUGUGUCCUUUUAUAAUUCAGUACAAUAAAUGUUUGAGGUUAGAAUGGCCUGUGCUCAAUUGUAUUGAAAAAAGCCUCGGUUACUCCGUGCCUUGGCAGGACCAGCAGGAUGUGUUCCUGUCAAAAACCUUUCAUUUAAAGGACCAAAUGUAUUAAUUGUGCACAAUCUAGAAAUUGGCAGCUCCUUCUCGUGGCUCCAGUUGUUAACAAUGCCAGCGGCCAUGACAAAAUAACUUAAAGACUUACUAAAGCAAAUUGUUAGGUAGGAAUCAUCUUCAUGACCUUAAGAGCGGCUCUCUAAAAAGUCAGACAGGCUGGAAGUUGUUGCUCGUCUACUCUAAACAUAUAUACAUGCAAAUUUUAUUCCUGACUUUAUAUGUGAAUCAAAAAAAAAAAAAAGAUGUAUUUUGGUACAUUCUAGUAUCAUUUUAAGCUUGAGAAAAAUUUAAGCCUAGUGAGUUCUACACUUGAUGGUACUGACCACAAUUAGGGCUCAUCUCAGUUUUCAUGAGCCUACUCUACCUCAUUUCCCAUCAAAGCACAAAGAACAACAACUCAUGAAAUGGGAAACUAUAAAGAAGAACAAAAAAAAACUUCCCUGCUUUUUCAGUAGAGAAAUUGAUCCCCUUUGCUGGUCAGAUUUCCAGAUGUCAUCUUAAAUUGUUGUUUGCAUAAAGAUUUGUUAAGUGAAGCAACUGUUUUAGAAGUAGAACUGCCAUUUUUAACCAUCAGAAAGACUUGAUUCUUGUUCUAAUAAAUAGGAAUAGUUAUUGCUUGAAUUCAUAUAGCCCCUUUCUUCUGAAGAAUUCAAAUGCUUCACCUCUCAUCUCAUCACGCUCACCCUGAGGGUUGUGCAUGGUGAGUAUGUUCUUCUCUACUUAGCAAGUUGGGAAACUGAGGUACUGAGUGAUAUUGAAAAAGGGAGCUAGGACUAGAACUUAGAUCUACUGAUUCUUUAUUGACCACUCCUUCCACAAGACUGCACUGAUACGAUCUGAUGAAUAAUAACUGUAUGUUUCCAUUGCUAUGCCUUUCUUUCUCAAAAACCAUCUCUUCACUGUUUAGUAAAUUAAAAUUCUUGGAUUCCAGAAUUGUCCUGUUGUUGUUGUUGUUGUUGUUGUGUUGGGACUGCUCAUCAUUCACUCUGCACACUUGGCCACUAGACAGAGAAAAUGUUUGUACAACUUCAGUUUCCAUUCCAUUGAGGAAACCAUUCUUUCACUUUAAAGACUAGAAAUGAGUACCUGACAACUCAGUAGAAACACUAAGGCCACUAUGUUCAGAAAACUCUUUCCUGUGGCCAGGAAGGCAGCAUCUUUGUUUUGUUGAAUUCUGUGUCUAGAAAAAGAAAUUGGCUUUCCUAUUCAUGAACUAUGCCAGUUCUCAAAAAGGAAAACUUGACUGUUAAAUAGUUCUGAAGUUUCCUAGGUCAACAAUAAUGUUGGGUCUUCUUCCAAUGCAAUUUAAAUACCUCUUGACAGUUAAGAGCUGUUUUUAAAUAAUUGUUUAGCUACUAUAUUGCUAGAUAACUCAUUUCAGCAUUUAUUAAGUACCUACUAUGUACAUGGCAGGACAAGUACAAAGAUUGAGUAUGAGGGAAAAGGAGAUGACGAGGAAGAGGAUCUAAGAAAGAGGUCUCAGAAAAUUGAGAGGAGAGAAAAAAAGAGAGAACUCGGUCUCUGCUAGGGGAAUCAGGGAGUGCUUUACAAAGGUGGUGGCUCCUAAACUGAUAAGGAGGAAGUACAUCCCAGGCCUGAGAGACAAGUUGUGUAAACUUUCAGAAGACAUUGUCUCUGUCCAUUUUAUUGGACUGGCAAGAUAUUUAGGAAAGUCAGAGUUUGUUGAAUGAAGGAAUGAAGACUUUACGAUUCUGAAUUCCAUAUUUCAUUACUUGAGGGAGCCAGUGAUAACUAUUCUUCCUCAUCCAUAGCAGACCUGGAUUUCUGUCUUCUCUGGGACCAAAUACAAUCUGUCUUUAAAAGAUUGUCAUUUCUGCAGAGGACUUUUAGGGAAAAUCGAUUGGAAUAAAGAAAUCUCUUGCAGUUGUCUCUUUGUUAAAGCUUCUGGUUCAUUUCUUGGCUAAAAUUUAACCAUCAUGAAAACAAUUCCAGAUACCCAAAUGAAAAAGAGAAAAGAAACUAUGCUGCUAUUUAAAGGCAGAAGGCACUAAAAAAUCAAAUUGCUCUCUGCGUUCUAAGACAGAUCUAACUUCUUGAGGUGGGGCAAAAAGGAUUCAAAAUUAUAAUUAUUUGAUAAACUUUUUAUAAGGCACCUAAGGAGUGGUCUUCCUGGAACAAAGACACUCAGCACCUUCCAGUUUGGAAUUUCAUAAGCAAUUUUUCUUUUUAUUCUCAUUAUUUUCUGGCCUCAAGCAGCUGUUCUUUUCCAUUAGCCAAUUGAGUCACACUUAUAUACAACUAUUAAUACUAUCCUCUUUAAGAAGGUUCACAAUGCUAGGACAAGUGAGGAAGAUGAGUUAAAUUUGUUCUAUUAACUUGUCAGUGACACUAAAGGGGCCUGACCGCCUUUCCAAAGAAUCCUUUUCUUUGAGAGAACUCUUCUCCAGUGGCCACAGGUGUUUGUUGAUUCUGAAGUAGGUUUCUCUUUCUAAUCCUCAGGAAGUUACUUUUUCUUUUCCAUAUCUCCUUUGGAUGGAAUUUAGUCCUCCCACAGUAGUCACAUGGACCCAUGAUCUCAUCAGUUCAGGAUCUCCUCCAACAAUGCAGAUAACCAUCUUUGCUGCCAAUCCUGAGAAACUCUAGUACAUCCUCUCCCAAAGGGUCACCACAAAGGGUCCAUCCAACAUAAUGAAGACUUCCCAUUUCUUCUCAAAAUCAUGAGGAUACCAAUGGAGUUCAGGGGCCCCUCAGUCUUGCCAUGUAAUCAGCUCCUCUUUUCUUCUGGUCCUGCAAUCCUUUGAUGACAACUCUCUGGUCUUGUUCCAUUUUAGCAUUUCUUGUCGGUCAUGUGUUGCAACCUCCUCUCAGCUGCUCUGUGUCUCCUCGUUGCCCCAAGUGGUGUUCAUUUUUAGUUCUUAGGAGGCAAUGUCUACGUCUUUGUUCCAUACAGUAAUACUGGUAAAAUAUGCAUAUCUAUAUUGUUUUCAAUACUGAUGGACACUUGGUUUCAUGAGGGGAUUAGAGUCAAAAAAAGCACUUUUAAAUUUUGCAAAAGCAGUCCAAUCAUCUUUUGAAUCCUAGGUCCAACUCAUUGCUGACCAUAGUAUUAGACAAACUUUGGUGUCCAUCCAAAUGCACGUUGAAAUCUGGGCAACUUAUAUUCUUCCUCUUUCCUGUGUGGAUGCAGUGCAGUGCAGUGCCAUCUGCAAGCCCCCAGAGGCCGGCGAGUCUACAAGGAGGCCAUCCUUGACCUGGACUCUGUCUCUUUCAUCAUGGUGGCCGAUGUCUUUGGUGACUGCAUCUUGUUACAUGCCUCACCUGAUGUUAUGAUUUUGGGGGUCACUGAACAAGGAUAUUUUGGUUAUUACAUCUUCCAUGGAUGGGAGACCAAUCCUUGUAAAUGAGCCUGGAAGAUGACAUUUUGUUCUACUGAAUUAAAAUGUGCAUUGUUGAAUAUAGGUUGUAGAAACUUGCUUGUGCUCUAUUAUCAUCUUCACCAAGGAUACCCUCGAUUUGUGUAUUUAUGAGUGUCAAAAAAAUUGUAUAGAUGGAAGAGCAACAUAGAGAUAAGUAGUUAUUGAUGUCUUGGUCACCCUUUAUCAAUAUUAGUAAGCUCUAAGCUUUUUUUUUUUACACUUUUGGUAUCUUUGCAUUCAAAAACCAUGUCCACUAGUCCCUCAAAGAUCCCACAAUUUUAUCACCCUCAGCACAAAGUUCAUCUAUGUAUGCUGGACUCAAUCUGGCUACUUUUCCCAGAUUUUUCCCAAUAUUCCCAUUUCUGCCUCCUCUAUAGGAACAACUAGGGUCCUAGAGGCCAGGUGUAGUAAGGUGGUUUUUGUGAGGCUUUUCCAUUUUUCUUGUUUGCAGUCCUUCCAUUUUCAUCCUUGAAUGCCCUUGGGAUGAUUUUGCUUAAUCUGAUCUCUUGCCAUGUUUUCUUUAAACUAGUUUUAUCCUCUGCUACUUCCUCUCAUUUGAGUCAAUACCACUAUUAAUCUUCCAUUUUCCUUCAUCAGAUUUUGCAGGUGAGUUUAUAUCUAUUGUUGCCUUUAACAAUGCUCUUUCCCUCUCUGUCCCACUCUCCCUCUUUCUCUCAACUCCUUUUUCUUAUUCAUUCUUUUUUUUUCACAAAUUCUAAUAUUAGUGCUAAUGUUCCAACUAUUUAGUUUUUGCUGCUGACUCAGGGAUAGCUCCCAAAUCAAUAACAAUUAUUUUCUCUUGUUAGUUAAAAUCAAUGUUUCAUUCUUUAUGCGGUUAUUUGGUGCUCACUAUGUCUAGUGCCUACCAGUUCUUUUUUUAAAGAAGGUAUUCAUGAUAUAGAGGCAUGAGGUUUCUGUAUGAUCUACAAGCCAUCGACCUCUCAUGUUUCUUUUUCCUGAACCAUACUUUCUCAUAUGUUUCUCCUCAUCUUUACCUUUUCCUACCUUUACAUUAAUAGCACCAAGCAUCAGGGAGCAUAUUGUUUGAUUUGAGGGAUCAUCUCAUGUUCUUCAUAAAAUUCCUCCCAUUUCAUAGCAACGCAUGUCAGUGCCUCAGUUGCAAUUAUUUUCAUGGUGGUCUUUUUGCAAUUACUUACCAUUAGUACUGCAAUAUGUGAUGACCAGUAUCCCAUGAGAUAAUACAGCUUCUGGGCAUCGCGUAGUACCCACUCCAGUUGCUUCCCAGGAAUCCGAGGAGUACUUGUGAGCCAUCCUUUCUUAUGGCUCUGACUUCCUUCCUUCUUCUUGAGCAGCAGGAAUGUCGAGAUGGACAUUAUUCAGUUCUUGUUCCCCCCGUUGGUCAUUAGACAAGAAUCUCAUAUUGAGAGUGCCAACAGCCAAACUGAAAUUUGAUUCUGAUCUAAAACUCUGUGGCUUGAAAAUCAUUUCGCUUUUACCCCUGAAGACAUAUAUCGGUUUCCUGAAGUUUAGCAAUCUCUUAGAAGCUGACAGAACUUCCUGAGUAUGAGAAGCAGGUCAGUGACUUUUCAAUGACACACGUAGCUAGAAAAUAUGUAAGCGGUUCUGUCCACACAAGGGCUAUGCCAGGAGCAUAAGGAAUCACUAGGUCAUUCCUUUUGCCGCCAUGUGUUAGUAUUUUAAAAGUCAAAGUAAAUACGUGUCCUUAGAAUUGGUAAGAAGGCAACAGUUUACAAAAUUCCCAAAGUAAUCUCUUAGGCAGUCCUCUGUAUAUGCACAGUAUCUCUUUGGGUGGGAAGAAAAGUCUGACUUUUUAGCCCCUUCGAGCUCUUCCAUCGCCACUCACCUAACACUUCAUCACGACUUCGCACCUGUGUGAAUGGACUGAGCAAAAGAAACCAGAAGGUCAUUAGUCACCAUGCAGGAAGCUCUGUUUCUGACCCCAAGCACACCUCCCUAGACACACCCUUCCCUCUCACCUCUGUCCCAUCUGAACCCAGGGACUUCUGUUCUUUUUGUUUACAUAAUCUCUGGUUUGCACAAGUGGCCAGUGCUUUCCCUGGGUCUUGGGAAACAGUCAAGAUGAGGACUGCUUUUUCUCUAGACUAGGAGGAAAUGCAAUGUUAAAGGAGUGAUGCUUGGGAGUAGAGAGAGAAGCUUCUCCAUGGGGAUCCCACCUUUUUAAAAAAGAGAGAGAGAGAAGGAAUCUGGGGGGCAUUUAUUUAUAACCUGCCGAGUCUCCCAAAAUGCCGUCUGUCCCAGGGGGACCUGCUGCGUGCAGUGGGCAGGGUGAUGCGUUAGGGUAGCACAAUUCCCGUGUGCUAAGAACACCGCAUCGUGUUUGUUUCAUUGCCAUUCAGGCGUGUGGCCAUUGCAAACCCAAUUUGAGGGUUGUUUUUCAUACAAUUUUACCAACGUGUUCUUUUCUCUCUAUGUAUUAUUGCCUUUUUAUAAAAGGUUUUGAAGUAUUGUCUCAGUGAUAAAAGAGCGAGAUGUUAAUGGUUAUUGUAACUUUCACCGUAUCCGAUUGUAAGUAUUUACAGGGUACAGCAAUGCCUUAGUGUGUAAUAGCGCCUGUGCAGGAGAUAUCCUUCAGCACACAGGCGAUGAAGGGAUUUAAAAGGUCCAGAUUCUUUGUAAAUGUCCUGCUUUUUUUCUAUAUGUGUGUCUAUUUACAUGCCUUAGCAGCAUUCCAACCCUCCCCCUCCUGAUUUUUUUGCCCUAUUGUCAGAGUAAACAUAAAGCUGAUGUAAAGGAUGUGAGAAGUUCAUGAGUUCAUGAAACCCUAUAAAAUUAUCUAUUGUGUGGAGAGGGGAUGAGGAGGAAACUCCAUAGUAGUAUUUGUAGAAUAUACCUGUAGGAUGCUGUGUUAUGAGAAACCGUAGAAAUGGGCUUUUGUCAUUUCAAAGUUGGAGAGAACAAAAAAGUAUGAAUAAACUGUAUAAAACAUGAAAAA